AGGGGCCGGGAAUCUAAGUGGCAAUCCGAGGGCUAAGGCUAUCGGCAGCUGUCUCAGGCGUUUUUCCUGGAGCCAGACCCUGCGCCAGGACUGGGAGGCUGUUCUCCUGUAACUGUCCUGAAGUGCUGCGGUGCCCCCUCCCCCGCGGCAGGGAGGGAAGUCGGGACGAGGUUGGCUCGCUCCGCACCGUCUCUGGGCGUGGGCCGCGCCGCAGCUCCGCGGAGCCUCGGUGUCUCCUGCAAGGGGGGCGGGGGGAGCCGCGGCGAGCAGCCCUGGGCUGCGGCUUCCUCCCCACGCCCGAGUCUCCUGCGCACAGCCGACGCGGACGCGAGCCCCAGGCUGGUCCCACGCCGCUGCACGCCCGGGCUCCCCGCCGAUCCCAGAACAAUCAACCAUGACGACCGAAUCCGGAUCAGACUCGGAAUCCAAGCCGGACCAGGAGGCCGAGCCCCAGGAGGCGGCGGGCGCGCAGGGCCGCGCGGGGGCGCAGCCGGGGCCGGGGCCGGGGCCGGAGCCGCCGGGCGCGGAGGAGCAGCGGCAGGCCCUGGAGCAGUUCGCCGCUGCCGCGCACAGCACCCCGGUGCGGAAGGAGGUCACUGAUAAGGAACAGGAGUUUGCUGCCAGGGCUGCAAAACAGCUCGAAUAUCAGCAAUUAGAAGACGAUAAACUUUCUCAGAGAUCAUCUAGCAGUAAACUCUCUAGGUCUCCAUUAAAGAUAGUCAAAAAGCCUAAAAGCAUGCAGUGCAAAGUGAUACUUCUGGAUGGAUCAGAAUAUACCUGUGAUGUAGAGAAACGCUCCAGAGGGCAAGUGCUGUUUGAUAAAGUGUGCGAACACUUGAACUUGCUAGAAAAAGACUACUUUGGGCUUACAUAUCGAGAUGCUGAAAACCAGAAGAACUGGUUGGACCCUGCUAAAGAAAUAAAAAAACAGAUUCGAAGUGGUGCUUGGCACUUUUCAUUUAAUGUGAAAUUUUAUCCACCAGACCCCGCCCAGCUAUCUGAAGAUAUCACCAGGUACUACCUCUGCUUACAGUUGCGCGAUGACAUCGUGUCCGGAAGGCUGCCCUGCUCAUUUGUCACCCUGGCCCUGCUGGGCUCCUACACCGUCCAGUCAGAACUUGGAGACUACGACCCCGAUGAAUGUGGGAGCGAUUACAUCAGUGAGUUCCGCUUUGCACCAAACCACACUAAAGAGCUGGAAGACAAAGUGAUUGAGCUACACAAGAGCCACAGAGGAAUGACGCCAGCAGAAGCAGAGAUGCAUUUCUUGGAAAAUGCCAAAAAACUGUCCAUGUACGGAGUAGAUUUACACCAUGCCAAGGAUUCAGAAGGAGUAGAAAUUAUGUUAGGAGUUUGUGCAAGUGGUCUGUUGAUAUAUCGUGACCGACUGCGAAUAAACAGGUUUGCCUGGCCCAAGGUUCUAAAAAUUUCAUACAAACGGAACAACUUUUACAUUAAGAUCCGACCGGGAGAGUUUGAACAAUUUGAAAGCACCAUUGGGUUUAAGCUGCCAAACCAUAGAGCUGCCAAGCGUUUAUGGAAAGUAUGUGUCGAGCACCAUACAUUUUUCAGACUGUUGUUACCAGAAGCACCUCCAAAGAAAUUCCUAACCUUGGGUUCCAAGUUUCGUUAUAGUGGCAGAACACAAGCCCAAACAAGGAGAGCCAGCGCGUUGAUAGACCGCCCGGCGCCUUACUUUGAACGAUCGUCUAGCAAGCGUUACACCAUGUCUCGCAGCCUGGAUGGAGAGGUUGGUACUGGCCAGUACGCCACAACAAAGGGCAUCUCUCAGACCAACUUGAUCACCACUGUGACUCCAGAGAAAAAGGCUGAGGAGGAACGGGACGAGGAAGAGGACAGACGGAAGAAGGCAGAGGAAGUCACGCCUGUCUCGGCCAUCCGGCACGAGGGAAAGUCACCUGGGCUUGGCACUGACUCAUGUCCCUUGUCACCCCCAUCAGCCCAUUGUGCCCCUGCCUCUCCCACAGAGCUGCGUAGGAGGUGUAAGGAGAACGAGUGCAAACCGCCAGGUUGUGAGCCGUCCAAAGCUGAGCACGUGUGCGGAGAGCCCUCCCUGGACUCUGACGGCCAAGGGAAGCCUUACCUAGGGGAGCAAGAUGUGGCUUUUAGCUACAGACAGCAAACUGGCAAAGGGACCACCCUGUUCUCCUUCUCCUUGCAGCUCCCUGAGUCCUUCCCCUCCCUCCUAGAUGAUGACGGGUACCUCUCUUUCCCCAACCUUUCUGAAACCAACCUCCUGCCCCAGAGCUUGCAGCAUUACCUCCCGAUCCGCUCACCCUCGCUCGUGCCCUGUUUCCUCUUCAUCUUUUUCUUUCUGCUGUCUGCCUCCUUCUCAGUGCCAUACGCUCUCACUCUCUCCUUCCCUCUGGCUCUGUGCCUCUGCUACCUGGAGCCCAAGGCGGCCUCCUUGAGCGCCUCCCUAGACAAUGACCCGAGUGACAGUUCAGAGGAAGAGACUGACAGUGAGCGCACGGACACCGCGGCAGAUGGGGAGACCACCGCCACCGAGUCGGACCAGGAGGAAGAUGCAGAGCUCAAGGCACAGGAACUAGAAAAAACUCAAGAUGACCUCAUGAAACAUCAAACCAACAUUAGUGAGCUGAAAAGAACCUUCUUAGAAACUUCAACAGACACUGCCAUCACAAAUGAAUGGGAAAAGAGGCUUUCUACCUCCCCGGUGCGGCUGGCUGCCAGGCAGGAGGAGGCACCCAUGAUCGAACCACUGGUACCUGAAGAGACUAAGCAGUCUUCUGGCGAAAAACUCAUGGAUGGCUCUGAAAUCUUCAGUUUAUUAGAGUCUGCGCGAAAACCAACAGAAUUCAUAGGAGGGGUUGCUUCUACUUCUCAAAGCUGGGUUCAGAAAAUGGAAACCAAGACAGAGUCCAGUGGCACAGAGACGGAGCCCACGUCGCACCAGCAGCCGCUGAGCGCCGAGAAGGUGGUGCAGGAGACUGUGCUGGUGGAGGAGCGGCGCGUGAUGAAGGUGCACGCGAGCGGGGACGCUUCCUACAUGGCUGGGGACGACAUGGAGGCUGCGCAGCCCACACCGGCGGAUGCUUCCAUCAUCAGAGGGAAGGAGGGCUCCACUCCAACAGAGGGGGCUAAGGAGGAAAGUGGGGAGGAGGCUGAGAAGGCUGUCCUGGAGCAGGAGGAGACCGUCACUGCCUCCCGUGAGCGGCAGGAGGAGCUGAGUACAGCCAUCCACGUUGCUGAAACUUUGGAACAAAAGCCUCAUUUUGAGUCAUCAACUGUGAAGACAGAAACCAUAAGUUUUGGUAGUGUUUCGCCAGGAGGAGUAAAGCUAGAAAUUUCUACCAAGGAGGUGCCAGUCGUGCACACUGAAACAAAAACCAUCACAUAUGAAUCAUCGCAGGUCGAUCCUGGGACGGAUCUGGAGCCGGGCGUGCUGAUGAGCGCACAGACGAUCACGUCCGAAACCACCAGCACCACCACCACCACCCACAUCACCAAAACUGUGAAAGGAGGCAUUUCUGAGACAAGAAUUGAAAAGCGAAUAGUCAUCACGGGAGAUGCAGACAUUGACCAUGACCAGGCGCUGGCUCAGGCAAUUAAAGAGGCCAAAGAGCAGCACCCUGACAUGUCAGUGACCAAAGUAGUGGUCCAUAAAGAGACAGAGAUCACACCAGAAGACGGAGAGGAUUGACCAGAGGAAUAACUUAGUUUGCACACGAAUCCGGUCAUGCAAACCAUUAGGAAAACCAGAGCCUAUAUGGAGUUACCUCUUCUAAACCAACUGACUUGUAUCUGUCUGUGGAAAAUUUCAAUCCAGAAGAAUUGACCUUGACCAUCAAUAAAGACACUGGCAGAGAGAUCUUCCCAUAAUAAAGCAAUCUGAAUCAGCAUCACUAAACUGAUAUUGCAUGAAGCAACGAUAAAAUUACAAAAGAGCAGCAUUUUUAAUUUUCACAAAAUGUCUAAGUUUUCAGCUAUACCUGCACGUUCAUAACCAACAAUAGAAACCGUGAUCUCAUGUAACACGUAAACAAUUCAUGCCUUUCAUAGUUUGUUAUUAUUAAAGUCUUAAACAAAAUUGCAGUUUCUUAGAUGACAGAUCUUUUGUUUACAGAUAAAUGAAGAUUACCCU